CUUCUAGCCCGGAAAGGCCCGGACUUCCUGGAGGCGGCAAAUCCGGAGGAGCCGCUGUAGCCUUCAUGCUGCCCGCGGACUGCUCGCGCCGGCUGGUGGCCGAGCUGCGGGACGCCCUGGACGCCUGCGCUGAGCGACAGAGGCAGCUGGAGCGGAGCCUGCGCGUCUCCCGCCGGCUGCUGCGGACCUGGUACGCGGACCCCGAGACCGCCCGGCCAGGCCUCCCUCGGGCCCUGGGAACCCCUCUCGGAGCCCCCGGACUGGGGGACCGCCGCAAAGCCAGGCGGCCCCUUUGGGGUCCCUUGCGCCUGAACCCUGCCUCUUGGCUGUGCCACGACUGUACUGUGAAACUUCGCAGGGAACCAGCCGAGACCUCCGCUCCGCAGCCAACCCCAGCGCCAGAAACCAGUGGAGAGGCCCCGUCUCCGGAAUCCACACCCAGCCCUCAAGACCUCAAGGAGCUGGAGCUUCUGACCCAGGCACUGGAGAAGGCUGUACGGGUGAGAAAAGGCAUGUCUAAGACUGGAGAAAGACACAAGGCCCUCAGCCUGAAGUCUGGGUCCGCUGCCGCUUCUGCCACCACAGCCUCUGCCCCGUCCCGGGCCUCUGGCCAGGCUAGCUGUCGAGUCUCAGAGACAAAACCCCCCAGGGGUAUCCAGCAGACUGUGGUGCCUGCUAGGGGCCUCCCUGAAUGCAGGCUUCUGUCAGUGGGGGAUCGCACCCGUAUGGAGAGAGGAUCCCGAGCCACCAAGCCUGGACCAGGCCCCAGGGACCAACAGAUACCCCCAUCGGCUGCUCUUCAAGCCCCAGAAGCUUUCACACUGAAGGAGAAGGGGGCAGACGUGGACUGCUGGCUCCCACAGCCACUCUGGAAGCCCUGUUCGGGGCUUGAGGGGGGCAGCCCCCAGAGUGCGGCUUCUCUGAGCACUGGCUUCCCUGACAGGAUCCUGCUGCGGCUACCCAUGGCCUACAGGAAAGCGGCUUCCCGGAACUCCCGCCUGUGGGCCCAGCUCAGCUCUACACAGACCAGUGACUCCAUGGAUGCCGCUGCCACCGCCAAAACCCAGUUCCUCCAGAAAAUGCAGAUGACUUCCAGUGGGCCCGGCUCUGGGCUCAGUGCUGCAGCGGUGGAGGCCGAGGUGGGGCUCCUGCGGACGGCCUGUUCGCUGCUGAGACGGCGAAUGGAGGAAAUGCUCUCGGCAGACCCUGCUGACUGCAUGCAGGAGUACCGCUGCCUGCUUACCCUGGAGGGGCUGCAGGCCAUCACGGAGCAGUGUCUCCACAGGCUGCAGGAGCUGCGUGCAGCAGUGGUGGGACAGCAGCUGGGGCCGUGGCCUGUGGGGAGAUGCCCCGGAGCCUCACUGCCCUGCGGAGGAGGAACAGACCCUAUCUGGAGCCCCCAGCUUCUUCUCUACUCCAGCACCCAGGAGUUGCAGACUCUAGAGGCCCUGAGGCUGCGGGUGGCCAUGCUAGACCAGCAGAUCCACCUGGAAAAGGUCCUAAUGGCGGAACUCCUCCCCCUGGUGGGCACACAGGGGCCACACUGGCUGGCGCUUUGCCGAGCUGUGCACAGCCUGCUUUGCGAGGGAGGGGAGCGCUUCCUCACCGUCCUUCGAGAUGAACCUGCCGACUGAACCUUUCCCGUGGCCGGCUGCCACCCCCGAGCCCCGUUCCCAGGCCUCGGGACCCCGGCAUGAGGGUGACCUUGUUCGGACACUGAGACUCUUGGGAGACCACUCCCUGCCCCCCACUAGUUAACAGGGACUGAGAGGAUUUCCAUUGCAGAGAUGGUGUACCCACCCUGGUGAACCAGCUUUCCCAGGUGGGUUGAGGACAGCCCCCUGGCUCUUCCUGAGGAACCCAGGGCCCUUCUCACAGCAGCUAAAGCGAGUAGUCAGAUCUCCGCUCAGCUUCGCCUUCCCCAGGCUGAGACCGGAGGCCUUUCUGGGGCUUUUUGUAGUACUUCUGUUUCUUCUCGCUUUAGAUCUAUAAGCCACUUGUGUGACGUUAACGCUACUUUAGCAAGUACGUAUAUUAAAAUCACACUAAGUUGGGA